GUCUGUCUCUGUUCCUGAGGGAAGUUGUCUUCAAAGCCCAAUUAUUUGUGAAUUAUUACAUUUUGAAACACCCACAAGGUUUGACUAAUGAAUUCUUUUAGCAAAAUAUUUGGUAUUCUGUGUGUCGGCUAAUCAAUGGAAAUAUGGAGAUUAGAGAAUUCGCUCAAAAAUACUUCCAACAUAUCCCCCACCUGCAUGAAACAUGGGAUGAGUUGAAUAAUUUUAACAAUAUAGACUUGCUAGUAGAAACUCAAGGCAUAAAAAAUUAUGGUCAAGUUUUAUUGACUGCCUGUGAAGCAAUUGCAACAUGUUAUAACAAUUACUAUAUUGAAAAUUUCGAAAAUAUAAUAUCCAAUUAUUUCAUUUAUAAGCUGCGCUCUUCUUUUGACAACCUAAAGAUGCCAGAAGUAAAGUACACUGUGUACAAUCAUGUAAUAGAAACAUUAUUCUCCUCUGGUCAGACAACUAUUACCGCUGAAAACAUAGCAAGUUCGUUAAAUGAGCAAAUGAAAGCAAGAAUUUGUGCGUUCCUAAACCCUUUAAUAUUGCAAAUAAGGAACAGGUUACCUGCUAUCCCCUUAACAAAAGAUACAUUGAACAAAGCUCCCUUUGACAUAUUGCCGGCUUUGAGGUAUAUACUUGAGAAUUAUGAGUCAACAAUUGCCGACAAUCAGCAACCAUAAAGAGAAGUAGCCCGGCAAGAGCAACAAACUGUACAAGUGGCAGAGUCAUCAAACCAGCGAAGGAGAAGGCCAAAGAAGAAAAAGAAGUUAAAAAAGCGUAAUUCAUCAACAGAAAAAGACAACAGCAAGAACCGAUUGCAGCCACCAAAAUUUCAGCCACCAAGGCUGUUCAACUUAUUUCCCAAUCCUGGUUUUAAAUGGCGUCUUAUAAAAGUAGAUGGUCAAAACAUAGCUAGUAUUUUCGGAAAAUGUAUUCCAAAAAAACCUGAAGAGACGAUAUUUAACUUUGCUCAAAGAUGCUUCUAUGACAAUUUUGAUUUUAAAAAAUUUAAAAUCUAUAGGUGAGCUGAAAU